AUGGCACCACUCACACAGGCAGAGAUCAAAACGAUACUCCUUAAAUCUACUACCACAAAUGCAAGACAAUACGAAUACAUAUAUCUUCUUGGGCUUCGUAAACUAUCGAACAGGGAUUCGCGGCGCGGUCUGCAAGGUUUUGAAGGCGUAGCAGGUGAUUUCUACAACGCUUCCAAAGAUGUGGCAAAUGUGAUAUCAGGACGAUACAGAUCGCGAGCCGACCUCCAUGAGAAGAUCAAAACCCAGAAUAACUUUGAGGAACAAGAGGUCGAAGACCUCAUCGACAAGUAUGGUCCACAGGUCUGGAAUAACGGGGAUUUGGGCUUUGUGACCAAAACCGACGAUCAGGGCGAAAAAGAUCAAAGCUACCCACGCCACCUCAUCUACAGCGACGAGAGCGAUCGCGUAAAAAUACGGACUUAUACCUACAGCCUGGUACUGCAAUGCAUGUUUUACAGGUUGAAAGGCCGUCCUACCAAUGAUGUUGCUAUGCAGGCGGGAUUGCCACGCGCAACUUCCCAUAUUCCUGAAAUCGUACGCUCAAGCACAACUCCACCAGACCCCGGUAUCGCAACCAUCAAUACCAUUUCUUCAGCUUCGAGUGGCGACAAACGCUCACGGGACGCCGAUCACUACCGCGUAGCUGUAGCUCAGAUGGUUCCCAACACAUAUACAGGGGGGGGAUCUUCAACUUCUGUCAUGCUACAGUAUACAGCUGUGGACAGCGCUUCCACGAUGAGAAGAAGUGUCACAGAUGCGGAUGAGGACGGCCAGGUGAGAGAAACGUUAUAUCCAGACGAUCCACGCAUACCGACACCGCCUUUGGACCAAGUUUCAAGUGCAGACUCUGAUUAUGAAGAAGAAACAGGCGGAUACACUAUCCAAAACAAACGCGCAAGAUAUAGGCAAGGGGAAACUGCUCUCACAGACUUUAAAUCAAAGCAGUUAGAUGAGUCUGGAAGACGAACCACUAGGUUGAAGAGAAGAGACUAUUCAUCUCCCUGGGUGGGGUCGAAUAGACCUCCAGUAACCACCGUCAACACUGGAGAGCAGGAGCACACUGAGACAGCUCAAGAGCGUGACGAUGACGACCAAACUCAAAUCAAUCAGCGCUCCAUGUACCGCGCGCAACUCGCACUCAACCUCCCUUGCGCCCUCGACCUGCAAACCCAACAUACCCAGGUCCUCGAAGACACGAUUACCCUCAUCGCCGACAUCAGAUCCCUCGACACAACUCUGUCCAAAAGCCCCUUUGACUACCGCAACACAACCUACCAGCUCUUCCUCGACCAGUGGCUCAGCCUCGUUGCCAUCUACCUCACCUUCCGCCGCGCCACAGACUUCCACGACACACUAGCAGCAUGGAACGCGCAUAUCUUAUCUCUGCCCGUAGCCGAGCGCUGGGAAAAAGAACGGCCAUACCUUGUCGCCAGAGUGUCUUUCAGAGAAUGGCGCCUCCGGAACCAAUCCUCGGUUGUACCAACCUGGUCCCGAGAUAUUACAUGGGCGCUGCUCGAAAUGUUGGAUUGGCCGAAGCGCGGAUUGAAGACAGAUGAUAUCCAGGAGAUGAAUAGGCGGGUUCGAGAAUUCAAUGCUGGGCUGAUGGCGUGGUGGGGCGGAUCGCCCUCCUCCUGA